AUGAGCUCUCGGACACUUUCUUUGGCUGUGGAGGAGCAGCUUCGUAGCCUCUGUCUGAAGGACUUUCCAUGUGGGCAUGGCUGUUGGGUGAGUCCACAAGCCAUUUAUGUAUGAAGCUUUUUUGGCAACACAUCAGAUCAGGUUGGUGGAAAAGAGGGCAGACAAACUUGUGUGAUUUACUCAAAGAUCCCAAAGUCUCAAUGUAAUGUAAUGGAUGGUGCCAGAGCCAUAUAUAUACACAGUACAUGGCUCUUGAUGGUGCCAUCCAGCGAGCAAGCUCACCUCUUGAUGGUGUCCUACUCUUUUCAUGUGCAAAGUAUUGGAUAUGAAUGAGAUGGUCCAAAAUACCAUUGAUAAACAGAAAUGGAAUGCUUUUUACCUCAUAACGGCAUGUUCCUGUGCUGUUGUGUUUAGAGCAAAUCCAGAGGGAAUAUCUUUGAGGAACAGAGUUGGGGCUACAUCGAGCAGGACGAGGGGAGAGAAGGUGCAGCCAAGGAAGAGCAGGAGGCCCUUAUGGAGCACUUGACCAGUCCACUGUCCCCAUGGCGACAUGAGGGGUCAUGGAGCCCCCAAGCCCCGACCCUGAGAGAGCUGUCCGUGCGAACACCUGAACUUCUCCAUGGCAACUUCAUAUUCAGCCACUUCAACACCCUACGUAUUGUGGACAAGGGUGUGAGUAUAUUAGCUGUCUGAUACCCAAUGCUCACAAGCCUUAAUGCAUUUGUUGAGCAAUCCUUUGGCUCCAGUUUAUAUUACCAGCCUUUAUAUUCCUGUCCUACUGAAAUAAACAAUUCAUCCAACAUUUUAUUUUGUACAGUAAUCAGCAAUUAUAGUAAGACGUGCCAUCACUUUGAGCAGGACAGGAGCAAGGUUGAUUGCAUAUGAAAACCAUGUGUGAUGAAAGCAUUAUUUGAUAAGUCCCAGCAGUGUAGUCUCGCAUUUUCAGGAAAAGACCAGCUAUAUUGAGGAAGACCCUCCCCCAUAUUUUGAAUGUGAAUUCAUACUGUCAGUGAAUGGGUCUGUUUGUGUGCAUCAGGUCUCCAUCGUCGAUGAUGGCUUGCUCAGGUUCUCCAGUCUAAGAGAGUUAGUGCUGAGUGCCAACAAAAUUUCUGAACUGCAAGCAGAAUACCUGCCCUGCACUUUACAAGUGAGUCACACAACACAGGGAGAGGAGGGGCUGUGGCACAUCAACCCAUGUCUCAUUGAAUCCCACCACAGGGGCACUCAGAUAGAGCGCCAUUCGUCUGCACUGAACUGUAGUAGGAGGAGUGAUUAUGUGGAGUUAGGGUUGAGCCGGAGUGUGGACAUUAAGCUAGGGUGGGUUAGGGUUGAGCUGGGGUGUGGACAUGAAGCUAGGGUGGGUUAGGGUUGAGCUGGGGUGUGGACAUGAAGCAAGGAUGAGUUAAGGUUAGGGUUAAGGUUGAGCCGGAGUGUGGACAUGAAGCUAGGGUUGGGGCUUGAGUUAGGGUUAGGGUUAGGGUUGAGCCGGGGUGUGGACAUGAAGUUAGGGUAAGGAGUAGGGUUAGGGUCAGGGUCAGGGUCAGGGUUAGGGUUAUAGCUAGGGUUAGGGUUCAACUGCGGUGUGGACAUGAAGCUAGGGUUAUGGAUUGAUCAAAUUGAUUAGAAAAUUCACAGAUAUUGGUGUGAUGUAUCACUAAAAACAUUAAAACAAGUAGGCCUUAUUACUUUUUAUAUUAUUUAUGACAUUGUUAGGGUCACUUUUUCAAUCUUUUAGCUCAGAAGACAGCAAGCAGUAAGUUUAAAAUCAUUGGGAUGUUUGAACACUCUGAUGCAUAUAGUGAUAGUCUUUGAUAUCACUGCACAGUCCUUCAAAUAAAUGCAUUAUAUGCGUUUGUUUGAAAGGUGUUGGAGCUCUACGCCAACCAGGUUUCCAGCCUUAAAGGUCUAUGCAGCCAGCCUCUACCCUGCCUUCAGCACCUGGGUCUGGGCUGCAACAGGCUGGGUUCCCCCGCAGACAUCCAGUACCUCACUGGAACUCUAUGGUAAGUGCUCACACACAGGGCAAGUGACAAGCAGUACAAUUUCAAUACUCAUCUGCACUUGCUCACAAUCACCAACAGAUGACAACAGACUCUAGCAAUAAUAGGAAGGGACCAUUGGAAGGGACAUAAUUCAUUACAUUCCUUAGCAGUCAUUUGAAUAAUAAUAAUAAUAACUUUAUUUGUAUAGUGCUUUUCAGUUCAAGUAACAAAGUUAUGCACCUCAUAAAAUAAAAGUACUAACAAAAUUAACCUUUGUGGGUGAAACAGAAGAUCUAAAAAAUACAUGUCUUAUUAGGGGCACAACAUAUCAUAGUUACUCAAAUACUAUUUUCAUAUAAAAUAUGAACAACUAGCUAUAAUGUAUAUUUAUUUCGUUGCUAUACCAUCUAUUCCCCAUAUGAGAAAAAUACUUUUUGCCUAACUUUUUUACCAUGGCUGUUCAGGUUGUUUGUGUGGUCAAUCAAACAUCAUUAUAACCAGGGGUGCACAUAACUUUUUCAGUGAGUUACUCAGGUGAGUACCAGCAGAUGGUGUCUGGUACUCACCCCAUAUGUAGCGUGGUCUUAAUAAGUGCAGUCUUCCUCACUGUCCUCCUCAGUGCCGCCACCACUGUCCUCUGCUUCAGCUUCCUGCAUGGUAGAUGAUGAAGAUGCUGCAGAUGCACCUUCCUGUCCUUGGUUGAGCCUCCGAUUAGCUGUCUCCAUCCACAGGUCAACAGCAGGCUUUGGGUCAAAUGUCUCUGUGGUCUGCUUUGACAGGUGAAUGUGCAUCAGUGCUGAGAGACGAGCAUGUGACAGACGAGAUCUGUACUUGGUUUUUAUUAUGUUGAGAUGUGAGAAUCCCCUCUCACAAGCUGCACUGCUUAAAGGCAGUGUAAGAGACAGCUUAACCACCUUGUUGAUGUUGGAGUAAGCAUCUGGGUUACUUGUAUUUACUAUUUGGACCAAGUCAUACACUGAAGAGGCUCCCAGGCGUUUUCCUGCCUGCUUUAAGCGCAUCCAUUCUGUCACAGUGGUAUCUUUGUCAAGUUGCAAGGUAGCCUCAUAUUUCUUGAGAAUGCUGCAAACUGUUGUGUUUCCAAAACUGUGGAGGUCUUGCAUUUCCUGAGGCCAUGUUGAAGGAUCAAAUACUAAGAAAUGAUCACAUGACUUGAGGGAGUCAUAUCUGAUUUCAAACUCUUCAAUUAACCCCCUGAGUAUUGUCUCUGUCAGCAUCAGCAUUGGAAACAGUGUGUGCCCUGUGGCUUUCACCAUCAAGCAGAAGUGUGAACUGUCCAAUGGCCACCAUGAGUUCAUCCUUACAUUCUCCAAUGGUCAGCUUUUCCUUCUGAAACCUAAUGGAUGUGGUGUUCAAAAUGUUGCAAAUGUCAAGCAUGUUUGACAGAAAGCACUGAAAACGCUCUGUGCAGAUAUGCUGCAAGUCACUGUUAUCACUUGUAACCAGUUGCAUUUUAAUGGCUGGCAAUAGUCUUGAUAUUUUUAAGUGUUUCAUGCCUCCAUGCAGACCAUCUGAUAUUAUGAAACUUACCCAGUUUCACAAAGGAGAUCCCAUUUUCUUCACAUAGCUUAUUCAGUGCAGCAGUUUUUUUUGCUCCAUCUUUUUGUAAAUAAAACUGCAGCAGCUUGACCACAGAGCGAUUAAAUGUCUCACAGUAAGGAACGUUGCGAUCAGCUGAUUUCACGCAAUUCUCCAGUGUGUGUGCGGUGCACAGAAUGUACACAAGGGAGUCUCCAACCGCAGCAAGUUGCCGGAGUUUUGGCACAACGCCGUUGUAGAUACCUACGUUGACAGCAGCCCCGUCUGUGCACACAGCGACCAACUUUCUUGUCCAGUCAUCCAAGCCUGUGUCCUGGAAAAGUCUCACAAGUCCGUCUGUUAUGGCCUGCGCGGUUCGGUCAGCACCCAAUUCAAUCAGUCCAAUAAAGUCUGAAGUAAACACUCCGUUGCUGGACACAGACACAAUGUAAACGAUUUCCUGCUCAGUUUUUGUGAUGUCCUCAGAUCCAUCAAAAAGCAGCCCCCAAAAUUCAGCAGACUGCAACUUGGCUCGUAACUCCCCGCUGAUGGUGUGAGCGAUGCUCUGCAUGAUCCGUGUGCCCCCUUCACGUGAAUGAUAUGCACCUCCGACAUUUACUCCUAGCCGCUUCAGUAAAGGAACAUCCUCAGAAUAGGAAAGACAUGGGACGUGCGUGUUUAGCUUUAUGGAAGGCGAGGAGAAAAAUAUUAAACAGAGCUUGCCGCUGUUCUUCAUUCAGCUUGUCUCGCCAUCUGGCAAGUGGGCGACUGGACAUUUCUUCUCGGCUAGCUUGUUUAGCAAUGGCUUGCGCCACAUUCGUGUGCUCCUUGUUCUUUUCAUGUUUGUCAAAUAAAGAAUGGUUGAAAUUCUUUGAGCCUUUAUAAAAUGCACCGGUUUUGUCUGCUAGAUGUGGAUUUGAGCGGCAAAUCUUGCACCACAUUUCAGUGCGCUCAUUCUUAGCUUCAAGCCACUGCACAUCUUGGAGCCACUUUUCCGAAAAAAAGUAUUUUCUUCGGCUCUGGCUCCAGUUGGCGUUUCUUUGUAGGUGGCGAAACGCCAAAGAAGCUGCUUAAUGUCUGUUGCUUUUUGGACAUCCCUGACAGUAGUUGACAAGCAACAUGUCAUGUGUAAGGUUAGAUGAGAAGAUCGGUCAAGUACGCAAAGGCGCGUAGUAACACAAGUGGCAUUACGCAUUCCUGAUUUUUGUCGCGCUUGCGUACCUGCGUACCAGUUAUGUGCACCCCUGAUUAUAACUGAUGAAAGGGCAGAUCCCAUACAUACAGAGGCAGUUCAACAGCUUCCUCUCACCAGUUGUCAGCUCAGCCCUUGCAUUCUGUCUCCCUCUUCAGGCCACGGCUGGUAUCUCUGGACCUGAGCUGGUCUGGCUUCCAGGGACAGCAGGCCCUAGUGGAUGCCCUGGCCACCCUGCCUUGCCUGAGGACCUUGGUGCUGGAGGGCAACCCCCUUACCUUCACCCCGUCCUACCCAGGCUUCAUCCUGGAUAGCCUACCGCGGCUGCUCUACCUGGACGCCACACGGGUCACACCGGAUGAUCACCAUCGCUUUGGAGGCCUGGCCAAGAUGAGAGGUGAAGUUAUCAAUCACCACACUAUCACCAUUGUCUUACAUUAUAUAGUGUGACGACUACAUCUGCACUGAUCGGUUGUGUAGGAGUGACUCCACCUGACAUAAGAAUGCACUAAUCACACAAGAUAGUUGAUCUGAUUGUACAUCAUAUUCUCCAGGCAUGAAUCAGCACCCAAUACCUGUUCAAUGAUGUGGACACAUACUGUAUUUUCCUAUUGAAGGAGCCUGCCUUACAGUGAUUCUUGACAGAAUAUUCUGUUCAUUAAACCAGUUCUUCUCUUCCUGUUUAGCUCAGGCAUUUCCCAGCAGUUGCUUGUGUUCUCAUCACUGUGUUAUGUCUGUGCAUUUCAUUAUCAAUGAGAGCCAAGUUACCCAAGUACCCUAGCCAUAGAAUAGGGGUCAUCAACUAGAUUUAGCCGAUCACAUACAGUGCCUUCAGAAAGUAUUCAUACCCCUUGACUUAUUCCACAUUUUGUUGUGUUACAGCCUGAAUUCAAAAGAGAUUACAGCCUGAGAUUACACACAAUACCCCAUAAUGACAAAGUGAAAACAUGUUUUUAGACAUUUUAGAAAAUGUAUUGAAAAUUAAAUACAUAAAUAUCUAAUUUAUAUAGGUAUUCACACCCCUGAGUCAAUAUAUGUUAGUCAAUACAUGUUAGAAUCACCUUUGGCAGCAAUAACAGCUGUUAGUCUUCUUGGGUAAAUCCCGAAGAGAUUUGAACACCUGGAUUGAACAAUAUUCACACAUUAUUCUUAAAAAAAUUAUUCAAGCUCUGUCAAGUUGGUUGUUGAUCAUUGCUAGACAGCCAUUUUCAAGUCUUGCCAUAGAUUUUCAAGCCGAUUUAAGUCAAAACUGUAGCUGGGACACUCAGGAACAUUCAAUAUCAUCUUGAUAAGCAACUCCAGUGUAUAUUUGGCCUUGUGAUUUAGGUUAUUGUCCUGCUGAAAGGUGAAUUUGUCUCCCAGUGUCUGUUGGAAAGCAGACUGAACAAGGUUUUCCUCUAGGAUUUUGCCUGUGCUUAGCUCUAUUCUGUUUUUUUAAAUCCUAAAAAACUCCCUUGUCCUUGCCGAUGACAAGCAUACCCAUAACAUGAUGCAGCCACCACCGUGCCUGAAAAUAUGAAGAGUGGUACUCAGUGAUAUGUUGUGUUGGAUUUGCCCUAGGACAUAAAGUGAAUUUCUUUGGCAAAUCUUUUGCAGUUUUACUUUUGUGCCUUAUUGCAAACAGGAUUCAUGUUUUGGAAUAUUUUUUAUUCUGUACAGGCUUCCUUCUUUUCACUCUGUCAUUUUGGUUAGUAUUGUGGAGUAACUCAAAUGUUGUUAAUCCAUUUUCAGUUUUCUCAUAUCACACCCAUUAAAAUCGGUAACUGCUUUAAAGUCACCAUUGGCCUCAUGGUGAAAUCCCUGAACGGUUUCCUUCUUCUCCGGCAACUGAGUUAGGAAGGACGCCUGUAUCUUUGUACAACGUGUAAUUAAUAACUUCACCAUGCUCAAACGGUUAUUCAAUGUCUGCUUUUACAUUUUUUUACCAUCUACCAAUAGGUGCCCUUCUUUGCGAGGUAUUGCAAAACCCCCCUGGUUUUUGUUGAUGAAUCUGUGUUUGAAAUUCACUGCUUGACUGAGGGACCUUACAGAUAACUGUAUGUGUGGAGUACAGAGAUGAGGUAGUCCAUCAAAAAUCAUGUUAAACACUAUUAUUGCACACAUAGUGAGUCCAUGCAACUUAUUAUGUGACUUGUUAAGCACAUUUUUACUCUUAAACUUAUUUAGACUUGCCAUAACAAAGGGGUUGAAUACUUAUUGACUCAAGACAUUUCAGCUAUGUAAAAACAUAAUUCCACUUUGACAUUAUGGGGUAUUGUGUGUAAGCUAGUGACAUAAAAUCUCAAUUUAAUCCAUUUUAAAUUCAAGCUGUUAACACAACAAAAUGUGGAAAAAGUAAAGGGGUGUGAAUACUUUCUGAAGGCACUGUAUAUCAUUAUGCAUGUGGGAAUACUUUGGACCAGAUUUCCCAAAUUGAAAUCACUUGGAGCUGAUUUGCUGGUGUUUUUACAGUCUUUUUUGUCCAACAAGUAAAAUAAUAGAACUUGGGGGGCCAAAUAAAAUCACCUUGGGAAAAUGUUUCAGCCUGCUUUUGAAGAGUAAGAAGAGUAAGAUAGUUAUGUUCCAUCCACAGACCGGAUAGUGGACCAGGCCAUGGCAACAGUGACAGUGCGUAGGAUCAGGGGUGUCCCGGACCCACUGCUGACUGUGGAUGAGAGUUCACCUGAGUUCCCUGUGGUCAGCUACAGCUACUUUGUCAACUAUGAGUUCCUCCGCCAACCACCCUCUGGCAACAAGGCAUGAUAUCCGAUUUUUCUCUUUAGUCAUUCAUCUUAAUUGAUUGUUAUAUGACAAUCUAGUUGUUGAUUGGUCACAGCAGGCUGGCAGUGACACUGCAUCCACAUCUGAUCCAAUGGCACCCAUAGCGGAGAAGACGGAUGGGGGCAUCGUUGGUAUCUAUCAGACACCAAAAGAGAACUGUGAAGAGGAAACAACCAACACUCCAAUACCAGACACCACAGCCAGGACAAUGGAGAGUUUGGGAACUAACCAUUGUUCCAUUGAUGGUAAUCAACUUUCAGUGCCUUCAGAAAGUAUUCAUACCCCUUGACUUAUUCCACAUUUUGUUGUUACAGCCUGAAGUCAAAAUGAAUUAAAUAAAUAAAAAAUCUCACCCAACCUCACACAAUACCCCAUAUUGACAAAGUGAAAACAAAUGUAUUGAAAAUGAAAUUGAGAAAUAUCUCAUUUUUAUAAGUAUUCACACCCCUUUGCUAUGACACUCCAAAUUAAGCUCAGGUGCAUCCAAUUUCCUUUGAUCAUCCUUGAGAUGUCACUACAACUUGAUUGGAGUCCACCUUUGGCCAAUUCAAUUAUUUGGACAUGAUUUAGAAAGAAACACACCUGUCUAUAUAAGGUCCCACAGUUGACAGUGCAUGUCAGAGCAGAAAAUAUACCAUGAAGUCCAAGGAACUGUCCGUAGAACGCCGAGAUAGAAUUUUAGUCAUAUAUCUGGGGAAGGGUAUAAAACAAUUUCUAAAGUGUUGAAAGCUUCCAAGAACACAGUCGUCUUCAUCAUUGGGAAAUGGAAAAAAUAUGGAACUAUCCAGACUCUGCAUAGAGAUGGCCUUCCGACUAAACUGAGCAAACGGGCAAGAAGGACUUUGGUCAGGGAGGUGACCAAGAACCCAAUGACCAUUCUGACAGAACUACAGAGUUUCUUGGCUGAGAUAGGAGAAGGACAACAGUCUCUACAGCACUUCACCAAUCUGGGCUUUAUGGGAGAGUGGCCAGAUGGAAGCCACUCCUGAGAAAAAGGCACAUGACAGCACGCCUGGAGUUUUGCAAAAAGGCACGUGAAAGACUCUGAGAUCAUAAGGAAAACGAUUAUGUGGUCUGAUGAGACAAACAUUUAACUCUUUGGCCUGAAUGCAAAGCGCUAUGUCUGGAGAAAACCAGGCACAGCUCAUCACCUGUCGAACACCAUCCCUACCGUGAAGCAUGGUGGUGUCAGCAUCAUGCUAUGGGGAUGCUUUUCAGCGGCAGGGACUGGGAGACUGGUAAGGAUAGAGGGAACAGUGAAUGGAGCCUAAUACAGGCAAAUCCUUGAUGAGAACCUGCUUCAGAGUGCAAAAAACCUUGGGUUACGUUCCAACAGGACAAUGACCCCAAGCAUACAGCCAAAGCCAUUUAUUUUAUUUUAUUUUAUUUAACCUUUAUUUAACCAGGUAGGCCAGUUGAGAACAAGUUCUCAUUUACAACUGCGACCUGGCCAAGAUAAAGCAAAGCAGUGCGAUUAAAAACAACAACAACACAGAGUUACACAUGGGAUAAACAAAACGUACAGUCAAUAACACAAUAGAAAAUCUAUAUACAGUGUGUGUGAAUGUAGUAAGUUAUGGAGGUAAGGCAAUAAAUAGGCCAUAGUGCAAAAUAAUUACAAUUUAGUAUUAACACUGGAGUGAUAGAUGUGCAGAAGAUGAUGUGCAAAUAGAGAUACUGGGGUGCAAAUGAGCAAAACAAAUAACAAUAUGGGGAUGAGGUAGUUGGGUGGGCUGAUUACAGAUGGGCUGUGUACAGGUACAGUGAUCGGUAAGGUGCUCUGACAACUGAUGCUUAAAGUUAGUGAGGGGGAGUCUCCAGCUUCAGAGAUUUUUGCAGUUCGUUCCAGUCAUUGGCAGCAGAGAACUGGAAGGAAUGGCGGCCAAAGGAGGUGUUGGCUUUGGGGAUGACCGGUGAGAUAUACCUGCUGGAGCGCAUACUAUGGGUGGGUGUUGCUAUGGUGACCAGUGAGCUAAGAUAAGUCGGGGAUUUGCCUAGCAGAGAUUUAUAGAUGACCUGGAGCCAGUGGGUUUGGCGACGAAUAUGUAGUGAGGGCCACCCAACGAGAGCGUACAGGUCACAAUGGUGGGUAGUAAAUGGGGCUUUGGUGACAAAACAGAUGGCACUGUGAUAGACUACAUCCAAUUUGCUGAGUAGCGUGUUGGAGGCUAUUUUGAAAAUGACAUCGCCGAAGUCAAGGAUCGGUAGGAUAGUCAGUUUUACGAGAGCAUGUUUGGCAGCAUGAGUGAAGGAGGCUUUGUUGCGAAAUAUUCCAUGCUGAAAUUGCUUCAGAACAAGAAUGUGAAAGUUCUUGAGAGGCCUUAACUUGAAUCUCAUUGAAUAUCUGUGGAAAGACUUGAGGAUUGUUGUUCACCACCGCUCCCUACCGAAUUUAACAGAGCUUGGCGCCAGAGGGGAUGACUGCCAUUUUACGGGCUCCUAACCAACUGUGCUAUUUUGUUUGUUUUUUUGCAUUGUUUGUAACUCAUUUUGUACAUAGUGUUGCUACCGUCUCUUAUGACCGAAAAAAGAGCUUCUGGACAUCAGAACAGCGAUUACUCACCUCGAACUGGACGAAGAUUUUUUCUUUAAUGAGUCCGACGCGAAGGAUAUACUGCUUUCCCAAGACCAGGCCCAAAUCCCCAUCAUUCAGUGAAGAAAAGACGGACAUACCGGGGAGCCUUGUGAGAAUUAUUUUGGCGAGUGGGUAAACCGCCACUACCAUCCGUCCUAUUAGCCAACGUGCGAUCACUGGAAAAUAAACAGGAUGCUCUACGGUCAACUAUCCUACCAACGGGACAGUAAAAACUGUAAUAUCUUAUGUUUCACCGAGUCGUGGCUGAACGACGACAUGGAUAAUAUGGAGCUGGCUGGGUUUUCCAUGCAUCGGCAGGACAGAACAGCUACGUCUGGUAAGACAAGGGGCGGGGGUGUGUGUCUAUUUGUCAAUAACAGCUGGUGCGCGAUGUCUAACAUUAAAGAAGUCUCAAGGUAUUGCUCGCCUGAGGUAGAGUACCUCAUGAUAAACUGUAGACCACACUAUCUACCGAGAGAGUUCUCAUCUAUAUUAUUCGUAGCCGUCUAUUUACCACCACAAACCAAUGCUGGCACUAGGACCGCACUCAACAAGCUGUAUAAGGCCAUAAGCAAACAAGAAAAUGCUCAUCCAGAAGCAGCGCUCCCAGUGGCCGGGGACUUUAAUGCAGGCAAACUUAAAUCUGUUGUACCUAAUUAAAAACUCUAGACCACCUUUACUCUACAUACAGAGACGCAUAAAAGCUCUCCCUCGCCAUCCAUUUGGCAAAUCUGACCAUAAUUCUAUCCUCCUGAUUCCUGCUUACAAGCAAAAACUAAAGCAGGAGGUACCAGUGUCUCGCUCAAUGCGUAAGUGGUCAGAUGACACGGAUGCUACGCUACAGGACUGUUUUGCUAGCACAGAAUGGAAUAUGUUCCGGGAUUCAUCCAAUGGCAUUGAGGAGUAUACCACCUCAGUCACCGGCUUCAUCAAUAAGUGCAUCGACGAUGUCGUCCCCACAGUGAUUCCGGACGACUGUGUGAUCAUGCUCUCCGUAGCCGAUGUGAGCAAGACCUUUAAACAGGUCAACAUUCACAUUCACAGACGGAUUACCAGGACGUGUACUCAGAGCAUGCACUGACAAACUGGCAAGUGUCUUCACUGACAUUUUCAACCUCUCCCUGACCGAGUCUGUAAUACCUACAUGUUUCAAGCAGACCACCAUAGUCCCUGUGCCCAAGAAAGCAAAGGUAACCUGCCUAAAAGACUACCGCCCCGUAGCACUCACGUUGGUAGCCAUGAAGUGCUUUAAAAGGCUGGUCAUUGCUCACAUCAACACCAUCCUCCCGGAAACCCUAGACCCACUCCAAUUUGCAUACCGCCCCAACAGAUCUGCAGAUGACGCAAUCUCAAUCGCAGUCCACACUACCCUUUCCCACCUGGACAAAAGGAACAGCUAUGUGAGAAUGCUGUUCAUUUACUACAGCUCAGCGUUCAACACCACAGUGCCCACAAAGCUCAUCACUAAGCUAAGGACCCUGGGACUAAACACCUCCCUCUGCAACUGGAUCCUGGACUUCCUGACGGGCCGCCCCCAGGUUGUAAGGGUAGGCAACAACACAUCUGCCACGCUGAUCCUCAACACUGGGGCCCCUCAGGGGUAAGUGCUUAGUCCUCUCCUGUACUCCCUGUUCACCCACGACUGCGUGGCCAAACACGACUCCAACACCAUUUUUAAGUUUGCUGACGACACAACAGUGGUAGGCCUGAUCACCGACAACGAUGAUACAGCCUAUAGGGAGAAGGUCAGAGACCUGGCAGUGUCGUGCCAGGACAACAACCUCUCCCUCAAUGUGAGCAAGACAAAGGAGCUGAUCGUGGACUACAGAAAAAGGAGGGUCGAACAGGCCCCCAUUAACAUUGACGAGGCUGUGGUGGAGCGGGUAGAGAGUUUCAGGUUCCUUGGUGUCCACAUCACCAACAAACUAUCAUGGUCCAAACACACCAAGACAGUCGUGAAGAGGGCACGACAACACCUUUUCCCCCUCAGGAGACUGAAAAGAUUUGGCAUGGGUCCCCAGAUCCUCAAAAGGUUCUACAGCUGCACCAUCGAGAGCAUCCUGACCGGUUGCAUCACUGCCUGGUAUGGCAACUGCUCGGCAUCCAACCGUAAGGCGCUACAGAAGCUGGUGCGUACGGCCCUUCCUGCCAUCCAGGACCUAUAUACUAGGCGGUGUCAGAAGAAGGCCCAAAAAAUUGUCAAAGACUCCAGUCACCCAAGUCAUAGACUGUUCUCUCUGCUACUGCACGGUAAGCGGUACCGGAGUGCCAAGUCUAGGUCCAAAAGGCUCCUUAACAGCUUCUACCCCCAACCCAUAAGACUGCUGAACAAUUAAUAAAAUGGCCACCCGGACUAUUUACAUUGAUACCCCCCCUGCUACUCACUGUUUAUUAUCUAUGCAUAGUCACUUUACCCCUACCUACAUGUACAAAUUACCUCUACUAACCUGUACCCCCGCACAUCGACUCGGUACCGGUACCUCCUGUAUAUAGCCUCGUAAUUGUUAUUUUAUUGUGUUACUUUUUAGUUUAUUUUUUACUUUAGUUUAUUUAGUAAAUAUUUUCUUAACUUUAUUUAUUGAACUGCAUUGUUGGUUAAGGGCUUGUAAGUAACCAUUUCACAGUAAGGUCUACACCUGUUGUAUUCGGCGCAAUUUGAUUUGAUUUGAGAAAAUCUGCAAGUAAAAAUGGGAGAAAAUCUCCAAAUCCAGAUGUGCAAAGCUGAUACAGACAUACCCAAGAUGACUCAAAACUGUAAUUGCCGCCAAAGGUGCUUCUACAAAGUAUUGACUCAGGGGUGUGAAUAUGCGAUAUUUCUGUAUUUCAUUUUCAAUAAAUAUGCAAAAAAUUCUAAACAUGUUUUCACUUUGUCGUGAUGGGGUAUUGUGUGUAGAUGGGUGAGAGAAAAAUAUACAUUUAAUCCAUUUUGAGUUCAGGCUGUAACACAACUAAAUCUGUAUGAAUACUUUCUGAAGGUACUUUAACUACCACAAAGAAGGCUCCUGAGCAUGUAUCGCAGAUUCUCAUUGCAUCUUCACACAUAAAUGAAGGUACAGUGUGAUCAUGAUGAUAAAACUUUUGCAAAAUAUCAGAGAAAACUAUGCAGAGUUGUUAAGGGCCAGGGAACAUUCAUUAAAGGGAUAGUGUUCAGAAAUGUUUAAAAAAUCUUGUUUUCUUACCUUCAGAGGACUUGUCUUUCUUACAAUUUUAAUAGAAGCUCUACAGAAAGCCCUGUGAUGUAAAGAUAGACUUCCAGUCAUUGCGCUAAUGCUAGAUAGCAAUGGCUCGCUCAACUACCUUCAAACUGCACGCACAGACAUAAAACUGGUAUCCAUGAGUUAAUCUGACUCUGGGUAAGUAUAAAUUAUUACCAAAAUCUGGCACUAUCCCUAGAAUAAUAUUAGAGGGAAGCAGGACCGUGCAUUGGAUGCCUUUUCAUUCUGUUCCACUAGGUGAUUCUUGAAACCUCCGUCGCCUGACCUGCUUUUUUACUGAUCUCAUCCUCCGUCUUCUAUAAGAUUGAUAUAAUCUUUCUGUGUCUUUAGUUAGUACCAACUAUUUCUCUCCUCUCUCUCUCGCUCUCUCUCUCUCCAACCCCUCAUUGUCCCCAUUCUGCAGUGAUGAUGAACAGCACACAUAAGCUGGCAUGGGCAGAGUAUAUGGACUAUGACCACACAAGUGUGCAUAGUGUUGGUGAGCUGGGGUCCUUCAAGUCCUUCAUCCUUCGUGGGCUCUGGUUGACUGUGGAGGAGGAGAAGGUACAGAACAAAGCAGACGCUCCGCACCAUGCAAACAAAGACAGUUCACAUACUCCCAAAUCUACAUACUGAAUACUCUAGAUGUAAGGAUUUAUGUUUAGGUUGAUGCAUGGAUGUCUUAUGGGUGGAUAAGAGGAUUGAGUUAUUGUUAUCUGACUAUUAUUUGGCAUUUUUUUAGGUCCUCUCAUGGCCUGCCCCUUCAGGAGAACAGCCAAUAACCAAAUCUACAACAGAAAAGAAAGGGGGGAAAGAGGUGACGUUACACAAUUUGUAAUCUCUCAUGGACAGAUUCAGAAAGUGACAAACUUUUGCAAGAAUUUUACUUCUGGGUAACCAAGAUUACACUAUUUAACAGUCGUUAUAGUCUGGUGAUGGAAAGGUUCUCAACAAUGUUCUUUUUCAGAGGGCAGCUGAAAAACCUGUUCCUUGUUAGUGGCACUGUAUCACAUAUAACCUGUUUUUCAGUAUAGUCAUGCAAAGGGUAAUUGCUUCCUCAUAGAAUGUAUGUUGUUUAAAUGGUGGCUGUUGAGUGUUUGUGGUUAACACAAUGGAAGAGGGAAAUUUCAUGAUGCUCAAACUGGUCGAGUACAGUAGAUUACAUUUUUGAAAUGGUUGCAAUUACUUACAAGCAAUGGUAGUGUGAAAUAAUCUUUCAGAUACACUAUUUAAAAAAGCAUAACCAUUAAUCUGAAGAGAUCCCGUCCAGUAAGUCAAUUUUGUUUGUAACAAUGUAAGCUACCACUUCAGUCAACAGAAGAUUUUUCUCUCUGGCUUUUUACAGUAUAUAGUAAUCCAACACAUGAUAUGUCUAAUGGAAACCUUUAUGAAGGAAUUGAUGGUAACAGACAUGACUAGUACAAAAUACGUAUUAUUUUGUCUGUGUUGGACAGUGUGCGCGACCACCAAGCAACACUUGUUCCAACCAAAAAUCGAAAGACAAGAACAAGAAAAAAGUCUCAAUAAUGGACCUAGUCCAGGACACUCCCAUCAGAAGAACCCUGGGCUCGAUCCAUGUGCCACUACAGGACCUGGUGUCUGGUGAUCAGAGAGUUGAUGUCCUGUGCAACCUUGGGGUGCUGCUCACAGAGCAAAGCACCAGGGCCAUGCCACCCCGAGAUAAGGUACUCUGUAGCUUGUGACUCUCUCCUCUUUCUCUGUAAGCAAAGUAAAACUAUUUAAGUGAAAUAUGUGCCAAAGUUUACACCAGAGGCCCUUUGCUCUACAUCAUCUAUACUGAAGUAUUGGGGCAAUUCCAUGGUACUGGAAUUAUGCUGAGACUGAUUUUUCACUUUAAACAAAAACCAUAGAACAAUGACUACUUUGAACAAUUUAAUACAACAUUUAGGCCUACUGGAAAAACUGUGCAGAUGCAAAGUUUGGUAACAGAAUUACGGUAAAAUCUCCCUCAGUUUUAUUCUGUUAACAUUUAGAUUUACAUUUACAUCAUUUAGCAGACGCUCUUAUCCAGAGCGACUUACAAAUUGGUGCAUUCAACUUAUGAUAGCAAGUGGGACAACCACUUUUAUUUAUUUUUCUUCUUCUUUUUUUUAUGGGGGGGUGGGGGGGGGGGGGUAGAAUGAUUGCUUUAUACUAUUCCAGGUAUUCCUUAAAGAGGUAGGGUUUCAAGUGUCUCCGGAAGGUGGUCAGUGACUCCGCUGUCCUGGCGUCGUGGGGGAGCUUGUUCCACCAUUGGGGUGCCAGAGCAGCAAAUAGCUUUGACUGGGCUGAGCGGGAACUGUGCUUCUGUAGAGGUAGGGGAGCUAGCAGGCCAGAGAUGGAUGAACGUAGUGCCCUCGUUUGGGUGUAGGGUCUGAUCAGAGCCUGAAGGUAAGGAGGUGCCGUUCCCCUCACAGCUCCGUAGGCAAGCACCAUGGUCUUGUAGUAGAUGCGAGCCUCAACUGGAAGCCAGUGGAGUGUGUGGAGGAGCGGGGUGACAUGAGAGAACUUGAGAAGGUCGAACACCAGACUGACUGCGGCGUUCUGAAUAAGUUGUAGGGGUUUAAUGGCACAGGCAGGGAGCCCAGCCAACAACGAGUUGCAGUAAUACAGACGGGAGAUGACAAGUGCCUGGAUUAGGACCUGUGCCGCUUUCUGUGUAAGGUAGGGUCGUACUCUGCGAAUGUUGUAGAGCAUGAACCUGCAGGAUCGGGUCACCGCUUUGAUGUUAGCAGAGAACGACAGGGUGUUGUCCAGGGUCACGCCAAGGCUCUUUGCACUCUGGGAGGAGGACACAAUGGAGUUGUCAACCGUGAUGGCGAGAUCAUGGAGCGGGCAGUCCUUCCCAGGGAGGAAGAGCAGCUCCGUCUUGCCGAGGUUCAGCUUGAGGUGGUGAUCCGACAUCCACACUGAUAUGUCUGCCAGACAUGCAGAGAUGCGAUUCGCCACCUGGUUAUCAGAAGGGGGAAAGGAGAAAAUUAAUUGUGUGUCGUCUGCGUAGCAAUGAUAGGAGAGACCAUGUGAGGAUAUGACAGAGCCAAGUGACUUGGUGUAUAGAGAGAAUAGGAGAGGGCCUAGAACUGAGCCCUGGGGGACACCAGUGGUGAGAGCACGUGGUGCGGAGACAGAUUCUCGCCACGCCACCUGGUAGAAGCAACCUGUCAGGUAGGACGCAAUCCAAGAGUGAGCAGCGCCGGAGAUGCCCAACUCGGAGAGGGUGGAGGAGGAUCUGAUGGUUCACAGUAUCAAAGGCAGCGGAUAGGUCUAGAAGGAUAAGAGCAGAGGAGAGAGAGUUAGCUUUAGCAGUGCGGAGAGCCUCCGUGACACAGAGAAGAGCAGUCUCAGUUGAAUGACCAGUCUUGAAACCUGACUGGUUUGGAUCAAGAAGGUCAUUCUGAGAGAGAUAGCAGGAGAGUUGGCUAGAGACGGCACACUCAAGUGUUUUGGAGAGAAAAGAAAGAAGGGAUACUGGUCUGUAGUUGUUGACAUCGGAGGGAUCGAGUGUAGGUUUUUUGAGGAGGGGUGCAACUCUCGCUCUCUUGAAGACGGAAGGGACAUGGCCAGCGGUCAAGGAUGAGUUGAUGAGCGAGGUGAGGUAAGGGAGAAGGUCUCCGGAAAUGGUCUGGAGAAGAGAGGAGGGGAUAGGGUCAAGCGGGCAGGUUGUUGGGCGGCCUGCCGUCACAAGUCGCAAGAUUUCAUCUGGAGAGAGAGGGGAGAAAGAAGUCAAAGCAUAGGGUAGGGCAGUGUGAGCAGGACCAGCGGUGUCAUUUGACUUAAUAAAUGAAGAUCGGAUGUCGUCAACCUUCUUUUCAAAAUGGUUGACGAAGUCAUCCACAGAGAGGGAGGGGGAGGAGGAGGAGGAUUCAGCUGGGAGGAGAAGGUGGCAAAGAGCUUCCUAGGGUUAGAGGCAGAGGGUUGAAAUUUAGAGUGGUAGAAAGUGGCUUUAGCAGCGGAAACAGAGGAAGAGAAUGUAGAGAGGAGGGAGUGAAAAGAUGACAGGUCCGCAGGGAGUCUAGUUUUCCUCCAUUUCCGCUCGGCUGCCCGGAGCCCUCUUCUGUGAGCUCGCAAUGAGUCGUCAAGCCACGGAGCAGGAGGGGAGGACCGAGCCGGCCGGGAGGAUAGGGGACAUAGAGAGUCAAAAGAUGCAGAAAGGGAGGAGAGGAGGGUUGAGGGGGCAGAAUCAGGAGAUCAGAGGGAGAAGGAUUUAGCAGAGGGAAGAGAUGAUAGGAUAGAAGAGGAGAGAGGAGUGGGAGAGAGAGAGCGAAGGUUGCGACGGCACAUUACCAUCUGAGUAGGGGCAGAGUGAGUAGUGUUGGAGGAGAGCGAGAGAGAAAACAAAGUAGUGAUCGGAGACUUGGAGGGGAGUUGCAGUGAGAUUAGUAGAAGAACAGCAUCUAGUAAAGAUGAGGUCAAGCGUAUUGCCUGCCUUGUGAGUAGGGGGGGGGCGGUGAGAGGGUGAGGUCAAAAGAGGAAAGGAGUGGAAAGAAGGAGGCAGAGAGAAAUGAGUCAAAGGCCGACGUAGGGAGGUUAACAAACUUUGUAUCUGCAGAGUUCUUCCUGUAAAUGUAUUUUUGUUACAUUUUCUCUGGAAAUUGUUAAAAGUAGGCCUUGUGCACAGAGUUCUACUGUUUGUUAAACUUUGAAAUCAAUGGUUUUGGUUUGGUAUACAUUUUAAAGUGAAAAAUCUGAGUCUCAGCGUUAAAAAUAAACAUAACCAUGGAAUUAACCUUGAAAUUGCCCAUUGUCAUUCGUAAAUGAUCCAUAACAAAUCUUGUGAGAAAGAAACAAUUGUGGUCAAGGCAAAUAAAGAGUCAUGAAUCUCUUCUAGUCAAUAGAGAUAAGCCUAUACAGUGCAUUUGGAAAGUAUUCAGAUCAAUCAAUCAAUUUUAUUUUAUAUAGCCCUUCUUACAUCAGCUAAUAUCUCGAAGUGCUGUACAGAAACCCAGCCUAAAACCCCAAACAGCUAGUAAUGCAGGUGUAGAAGCACGGUGGCUAGGAAAAACUCCCUAGAAAGGCAAAACCUAGGAAGAAACCUAGAGAGGAACCAGGCUAUGAGGGGUGGCCAGUCCUCUUCUGGCUGUGCCGGGUGGAGAUUAUAACAGAACCAUGCCAAGAUGUUCAAAAAUGUUCAUAAGUGACAAGCAUGGUCAAAUAAUAAUCAGGAAUAAAUCUCAGUUGGCUUUUCAUAGCCGAUCAUUAAGAGUUGAAAACAGCAGGUCUGGGACAGGUAGGGGUUCCAUAACCGCAGGCAGAACAGUUGAAACUGGAAUAGCAGCAAGGCCAGGCGGACUGGGGACAGCAAGGAGUCACCACGGCCGGUAGUCCCGACGUAUGGUCCUAGGGCUCAGGUCUCUCAGUUGGCUUUUCAUAGCCGAUCAUUAAGAGUUGAAAACAGCAGGUCUGGGACAGGUAGGGGUUUCGUAGCCGCAGGCAGAACAGUUGAAACUGGAAUAGCAGCAAGGCCAGGCGGACUGGGGACAGCAAGGUGUCAUCAUGCCCGGUAGUCCUGACGUAUGGUCCUAGGGCUCAGGUUCUCAGAGAGAAAGAGAGAACGAGAGAAUUAGAGAGAGCAUACUUAAAUUCACACAGGACACUGGAUAAGACAGGAGAAGUACUCCAGGUAUAAGAUCCCUUCACUUUUUCCACAUUUUGUUACAUUACGGACUUCUUCUGAAAUUGAUUAAAUAAAACAUUUUCCUCAUCAAUCUACACACAAUACCCGAUAAGGACAAAGCGAAAACAGGUUUUCCAAUUUUUAUGCAAAUCUAUUCAAAUUUUAAAAACGGAAAUACCUUAUUUACAUAAGUAUUCAGACCCUUUGCUAUGAGACUCGAAAUUGAGCUCAGGUGCAUCCUGUUUCCAUUGAUCAUCCUUGAGCUGUUUCUACAACUUGAUUGGCGUCCACCUGUGGUAAAUGUAAUUGAUUGGACAAGAUUUGGAAAGGCAUUCAGACCCCUUCUGUCACGUUCGUCGUGUAAAGGAUUGGACCAAGGUGCAGCGUGGUAUGCGUACAUGUUUAAUGAUAAUAAUAAACACUUGACAAAAUAACAAAGCAACUGAACGUGAAGUUCUAAAGGCUAUACAUCAAACAAGCCAAACAAACAGAAACAAGAUCCCACAACAUAGGUAGGCAACACGGGUCUGUGAAGGCACCCUGGCGGGACAGUGCGCAACGCCGGCGCAUAGCCUGGUGCCUGAACGGUCACACGCUCCUCAAAGCGAGUGCGGGGAGUUGGCUCUGCUCUGCAACCUGGCUUCGCCAGCCUCUGCUCUAAGUACUGAGCUCUCUGCUGCUGAAGGGUUAACUCCUCUCUCAGUUCCUCCUGUUGCCUGGCCAACCCCUCUCUCAGUGCAUCCACUGACUCCUUCUCCCUGUGAGCCUCCUGUAGCGCCUCCCUCUGAAGGGAGAACUCCUGCUCCCUCUGAGCUAACAGCCCCCGCAAUGUGGUGGUCUCCUCUCUCAGACUUAUGAGCUGCAGGUCUUGGAGGGCCUCUACUAUACCGGCCUCCUCCUCCACAGUCAGCCUUUUCACGGCCUCCUGCUGCUUCGUCGAUCACCCCGUGUGCCCCCCCCAAAACUUUUCUUGGGGUUGCCUCUCGGGCCUCCUUCGUCGUUGUGCACUUCGGCGUCGCCGUUGAUCCUCUCCUGCCUGGGCUUCUUCCUUUGCCCAGGGUUCUUUACCGGCUAAUAUCUCCUUCCAAAAAUGUCUUCCCCACCUGUGUCAAGGGUGUCUUCUCCUCCUGGCCACGCUGCUUGGUCCGUUGGUGGUGGGAUCUUCUGUCACGUUCGUCGUGUAAAGGAUUGGACCAAGGUGCAGCGUGGUAUGCGUACAUGUUUAAUGAUAAUAAUAAACACUUGACAAAAUAACAAAGCAACUGAACGUGAAGUUCUAAAGGCUAUACAGUGGGGAAAAAAAGUAUUUAGUCAGCCACCAAUUGUGCAAGUUCUCCCACUUAAAAAGAUGAGAGAGGCCUGUAAUUUUCAUCAUAGGUACACGUCAACUAUGACAGACAAAUUGAGGGAAAAAAAUCCAGAAAAUCACAUUGUAGGAUUUUUAAUGAAUUUAUUUGCAAAUGAUGGUGGAAAAUAAGUAUUUGGUCACCUACAAACAAGCAAGAUUUCUGGCUCUCACAGACCUGUAACUUAUUCUUUAAGAGGCUCCUCUGUCCUCCACUCGUUACCUGUAUUAAUGGCACCUGUUUGAACUUGUUAUCAGUAUAAAAGACACCUGUCCACAACCUCAAACAGUCACACUCCAAACUCCACUAUGGCCAAGACCAAAGAGCUGUCAAAGGACACCAGAAACAAAAUUGUAGACCUGCACCAGGCUGGGAAGACUGAAUCUGCAAUAGGUAAGCUUGGUUUGAAGAAAUCAACUGUGGGAGCAAUUAUUAGGAAAUGGAAGACAUACAAGACCACUGAUAAUCUCCCUCGAUCUGGGGCUCCACGCAAGAUCUCACCCCGUGGGGUCAAAGUGAUCACAAGAACGGUGAGCAAAAAUCCCAGAACCACACGGGGGGGGACCUAGUGAAUGACCUGCAGAGAGCUGGGACCAAAGUAACAAAGCCUACCAUCAGUAACACACUACGCCGCCAGGGACUCAAAUCCUGCAGUGCCAGACGUGUCCCCCUGCUUAAGCCAGUACAUGUCCAGGCACGUCUGAAGUUUGCUAGAGUAAAUUUGGAUGAUCCAGAAGAGGAUUGGGAGAAUGUCAUAUGGUCAGAUGAAACCAAAAUAGAACUUUUUGGUAAAAACUCAACUCGUCGUGUUUGGAGGACAAAGAAUGCUGAGUUGCAUCCAAAGAACACCAUACCUACUGUGAAGCAUGGGGGUGGAAACAUCAUGCUUUGGGGCUGUUUUUCUGCAAAGGGACCAGGACGACUGAUCCGUGUAAAGGAAAGAAUGAAUGGGGCCAUGUAUCGUGAGAUUUUGAGUGAAAACCUCCUUCCAUCAGCAAGGGCAUUGAAGAUGAAACGUGGCUGGGUCUUUCAGCAUGACAAUGAUCCCAAACACACCACCCGGGCAACGAAGGAGUGGCUUCGUAAGAAGCAUUUCAAGGUCCUGGAGUGGCCUAGCCAGUCUCCAGAUCUCAACCCCAUAGAAAAUCUUUGGAGGGAGUUGAAAGUCCGUAUUACCCAGAAACAGCCCCAAAACAUCACUGCUCUAGAGGAGAUCUGCAUGGAGGAAUGGGCCAAAAUACCAGCAACAGUGUGUGAAAACCUUGUGAAGACUUACAGAAAACGUUUGACCUGUGUCAUUGCCAACAAAGGGUAUAUAACAAAGUAUUGAGAAACUUUUGUUAUUGACCAAAUACUUAUUUUCCACCAUAAUUUGCAAAUAAAUUCAUAAAAAAUCCUACAAUGUGAUUUUCUGGAUUUUUUUUUCCUCAUUUUGUGUGUCAUAGUUGACGUGUACCUAUGAUGAAAAUUACAGGCCUCUCUCAUCUUUUUAAGUGGGAGAACUUGCACAAUUGGUGGCUGACUAAAUACUUUUUUCCCCCACUGUACAUCAAACAAGCCAAACAAACAGAAACAAGAUCCCACAACAUAGGUAGGCAACAUGGCUGCCUAAGUAUGAUCCCCAAUCAGAGACAACGAUCGACAGCUGCCUCUGAUUGGGAACCACACCCGGCCAACAUAGAAAUACAAAAUCUAGAUCUUACACAUAGAAAUUCACACCCUGACCAAACCAACUAAAGAUCUCUAUGUCAGGGCGUGACACCUUCACUCUUUCCAUUUCUAAAAUUGAUUAAAUUGUUUUUUCCCCCUCAAUCUACACACAAUACCCCAUAAUGACAAAGCAAAAACAGGGUUUUAGACAUUUUAGCAAAUUUAUAAAAAAUAAAAUAAACUGAAAUAUCACAUUUACAUAAGUAUUCAGACCCUUUACUCAGUACUUUGUUGGAGCACCUUUGGCAGCGAUUACAGCCUUGAGUCUUCUUGGGUAUGACGCUCAAGCUUGGCACACCUGUAUUUGGGGAGAUUCUCCCAUUCUUCUCUGCAGAAAUUUAAUUUAAAGGCUGUAGCAUAACAAAAUGUGGAAAAAGGGAAGGGGUCUGAAUAUUUUCCGAAUGCACUGUAUAUGUCUGACAUGCUUUGUAAUUUUCUCCAGGACCCAAGUAAGAAAUCCAAACAUGACAAGAAGAAGGAGGACAAGAAAACUAAGUCAAGUGCUGACAGUGCAGGGGGGCAGAAGAAUGCUGCACCACCCUCUAAAAGUGAGCAAAAAUAAUCACCUCAUACAUAGCAACUGUGUAGGAGUUGAUAGAAUAGCAGUUCUUAGGCCAGCUUUACCUGGAUGAAAAAUAGAAUCCCUUCCUUAGCCUUGCUAGUUUCUAGAGAAUAAAAUAUCUGUGCAACUGACACAAAAUGUACAGAAAAAAAUGUACAAUUCCAUGUAAAAUGGUACCAAAUAAGUUGGGUUCAUAAGACUAAACAUUUCCCUUCAUGCUUGUAGGUAAGGGAAAAGGACGGAAGGAAAGCGAGGCAGAUUUCCGCAUGGACGACAACUCUGCUCCCAGUCCAAACCAGUUAGAGCCAAUGACUGUGGAGUUCACUGUGCAUCUAGAGAAAUGGCGUUCAGCCUCAGAAGUCCAUCACCUGGUUCACCCAUGA